AUGACGCGUCCUGAAGUAGCAGCGGAGAUCGACCAGAUUUACAAGGAGCAACUCAAAGAUCAACCCAAAAACCACGGCCCUGAAGAAAUUAAGCGAUGCCGCGCUCUCAUUGAGCUCUUUCUUGAAACCUUCAAGUACCGGAACUACACUCGUACUCGGGAGAUGGUUCAUCCAGACUACAUACAGCACAACGCCACACUGGGUACGGGAGUCGAGUCCAUCAUUGAGUUUGCGGAGAGAUCAUGGAGCGACGGCAAGGUUAUGCCCGAAAUAAGAUGGAAUCGAAUGUUUGUGGAUGGUGACUAUGUCAUCGCUCAUACUAAGAUUAUGGAAGGUCCACACGGGUUGAAGGGUGUCGAGUAUAUGCGUUACCAGAAUGGCCUGUUCGUCGAGCAUUGGGAUGUGAUCGAGCCGGUUCUUCCUCCGGAGCAGCACAAGAACUCAAAUGGAGUGUUCUAG